UCGAGGCGAGGAUGUGUGAUAUUCUUUUCGAAUGAGCUGAUACGAAAUUAAUAAAAUUUUUCCUUUUGUACAUUUGUAAAAAAAUUGAUAAUUUGCUGAAAUGACUAUAAUAGUAUUUUUAAUCGAUACAUCAGCAUCCAUGCUGCAAAGGACUUACAUCGGAGGUCGUACAACUCUUUUAGACGUCGCUAAAUCCGCUGUAGAAACUUUUGUAAAAAUUCGACAAAGAAGUAUGGACAGUCGAAUCGAUAGAUAUAUGUUGCUAACUUUCGAAGAAACUCCUAAUAAUAUUAAAGCAGGUUGGAAGGAAAAUCUAGCUACUUUUAUGAAUGAGUUAAAAAAUUUACAAGCUUAUACUUUAACUACCAUGGGAGUAGCAGUGAAGCAGGCCUUUGAUAUUUUAAAUAUUAAUAGAAUGACAUCAGGAAUAGACACAUAUGGGCAGGGUAGGUGCCCCUUCUUUUUGGAAACUGCUGUAAUUGUAUUAAUAACAGAUGGUGGGAAAUUAACGACAGUAAAUGGUGUACAAGAAGAGUUUAAUUUGCCAAUGAAUUCACCAAUACCAGGAUCAGAAAUGACUAGAGAACCAUUUAGAUGGGACCAAAGACUGUUUGCACUAGUGUUGAGACUCACAGGUACUCCAGCUGUUGAAAGAGACACUGGUUUGGUUCCAAGCGAUGGCAGCCCCAUUGACGCCAUGUGUGAAGUUACUGGGGGCAGAUCUUAUUGUAUAACUUCUCAUCGGAUGUUGAAUCAAUGUAUUGACAGUUUAGUUCAAAAGGUACAAAAUGGGGUAGUGAUUAAUUUUGAAAAAAUCGGGCCUGAUCCCCCUCCGCCUCAAUAUGACAAGGAGGACGCUAAAGAUGAUAGUUUGAAAGAGAAUGAAUAUCCUGAUUUGAUUGAUCGCAAUCCAAAUAUGCCAGUUAACACUUCAUGGCAUAACUGUCGGAAAAUGAUUUAUGUCCCAAAGGCCAGCAAAGCAUAUUGUGUUGGCUAUUGGCCUAUUCCCGAAUCAUUUUGGCCGGAAGUCACCGUUACGCAGCUACCCCCUAGAUCAGCCCAUCCGAACAUAAAAUUCGCCUGCACCAAUUCGGAACCGCUGGUUAUCGAAAAUCUACCGUUCGAUAAAUACGAACUGGAACCGUCGCCUCUAACACAAUACAUUUUGUCUAGAAAACAACCAAAAACUUGCUGGCAAGUGUUUGUUGCUAAUAGUUACAAAAAUUCAGAAGUGGGACAUCCGUUUGGGUAUUUGAAAGCCAGCACGAAUAUAACUUGCGUCAAUCUGUUUGUGAUGCCUUACAAUUAUCCCGUUUUGUUGCCGUUAUUGGACGAAUUAUUCAAAAUACACAGGUGGAAGCCCACAAAUGAAUGGAGAACGCAAUUUCAAAAUUAUACAAGAACUUUACCCGCAUAUUAUGCUGGUCCUUUACGUAGAGCGCUUACAAGAAUGGGUACACCUGUGGCCUUGGCGCAAACCUUAAUACCAGAAAAUUCCGAAAACGGUUUGAGUUACACCGUUUCUAACUAUCUAAAACGCUUAAAAAAUCAAGCUAAAGUGGAAUACGAUAAAAUGUGUAAUGAAAUCAUUCAACGACAAGCAAAUAUGAACGGUUUAAAAACGAACUUCAACAGUCCAGAACAAAUCAGGGUUUUGCCUAAAGUGACCUUAAAGAAGGAACUCGUCAGUCAUCCUUUGUUGCUAGAUAGAUUUACCUCGCAAAGAGAUCAAGUCAUUGAACAGGGCAAUCCUUGGACUUGUACUUUGGACAAAGAACGACAAACUGUCAGUUUCAAGAAUCCGUUUGAUAUACCGAGGAACCGACUGGUACAACAGGUUGUGCGUAUGAGAAACAAUUUCUUACAAUCCGAUUGGGUAUCGUUAGAUCAAGACAGCGCCCAUUCGUUGCCGAUAUCCCAAAUGGGCAACUACCAAGAAUAUUUAAAGAAACAAACUCCACAAUUGCGAGAAAUCGAAUCAGCCCCGGUUAGACAACACAUGUUCGGUAAUCCGUUCAAGAUCGAUAAACGAAUGAUGGUCGAUGAGGCUGAUAUUGAUUUGGUUGGAUCGCCGACUGGUACUAGUAGAAAUAAUAAAAGGCCAAUUCCUUCGAUAACUAUAGAUAUCAUGACAAGGUUGCCGUCGAAAAGAAAACCCGGUCCGUUGCCGAAGAAUUUUAGAUUUUCUAGACCCAGUACUGAUUCGUCGCUGCCUCCGAGUCCGCAAGAGUCUCCGGUUCCCUCGCCAGUUCCUUGGUUGAACGCCAUCGAAAAAGAUAUCCCUCGUUUCGACGAUCUUCCAUCCCUCAUCAACGGCUUGGAAUCGAGUCCGUCCGCGAGUCCGAUCAGCGAACGAUCCAGAUCGCCAUCGCCGACGAACUUGCACCUGCAGGAGCAGCCGAGCUACAGCGUUAGCGAGUACAAUUUCAAUUUCCGCGCGAGUUUGAAUAGUUUGAACUACACCACCGCGAGCGCUUUGGAUACUACCACGACCAAUGCUUUGGGUGACUUUUAUUCGAGUAUUUCGGCUACCGAUGAUAAGCAGAUAUCGCAGAUUCUCAAAGAGGCUAAUUUGAAUCAUAAUAGUUUUUCUUCGAAUAGUUUGGUGCAUGAAAUCAAAGUCGUUAAGAUGGAAGUGGAGGAGGAAAAAGAAGACGAAAAAGAAAUCGAAAAUCAAAACUACGAAAUCCGAAAAAACCUGAACAAACUGGUGCGGAAACCGGGCAAAAACUUUACAGAAUUGUUCGAGAACAUAAAAACUUUGAAAGGCGACAUCGACAUGCAAGUUAAAGUGCUGAAAUUGAUAAUCAAAGAAUCGUUACGGUUUAAAAGACAGAAUUUAGCCAACAUGCUCGAAGAGCAUAUUAGGACUAUAAUGCAUAUUGAUAAUAAGUGAUUUUUAAGUUUAUUUUAUCAUUAGAUAUUACGGAAAUUUAUCGAUGAUUGUAUAUAAGAUGUAAAAUUUGACAUUGAUUAAACUUUUUUAUAUAAUUUCCAC